AUGGAGUUCAGACGUUUCGGUGUCAAUUCCACAUCCGCUCGCAGGAUGGACCGGGCCUACACUCAUAGUGUCAGCGGAGGGGCGGGCGGUCGUGGGAUCAGGAUUUCCACGGGCCACAGCGCGCUGGUCGGCAGCAGCUUCGGUGGCGGGUACGACUACCUGUCCUCGUCCUUCGGGUCCGCCUCCGGAACCCUGGGCAUCACGAACGAGAAGACCACCAUGCAGCACCUGAACGACCGGCUGGCCAACUACCUCGAGACGGUGAGGAGUCUGGAGAAGGCCAACGGCAUUCUGGAGAUCAAGAUCAGGGAGACCAUCGAGAAAAAAGGACCCUUGGAGGGGAGGGACUACAGCAAGUACGAGGCAACCAUCACUGAGCUGAGGGCCAAUAUAUUCGCCUUGAUGAAGGACACCGGGUAUCUCGUGAUCGAUCGGGACAACACAAGCCUGGCUUCUGAAGACUUCAGAAUGAAGAUGGAGUACGAGAUGUCCUUGCGUCAGACGGUGGAGGCCGAUGUGGCCGGACUGAGGAAGCUUCUGGAUGAUAUCAACAUCGUUCGCAUGCACCUGGAGGGCGACAUCGAGUCCCUAAAGGAGGAGUUGAUCUACCUGAGGAAGAACCACGAGACGGAUGUUGCUGAGCUGCAGGCCCAGAUCACCGAGGUUGGCGUCCGUGUGGAUAUCGAUGCUCCUAAAGGACAGGACCUGACCCAGAUCAUGGAUGAGAUGAGGGCCAAGUAUGAGAAGAUAACCCUGAAGAACCAGGAAGACCUCAAAGCAUGGCAUGAAACUCAGAUCACAGAGGUGCAGGUCCAAGUGACCGAGAGCUCAACGGCUCUGAAGGAAGCCACGGCCGAGGUUUCUGAGAGCAGGAGGACGUAUCAGAAACUGGAAAUUGAGAUGGAGUCUGCACUCAUUCUGAAGGCGUCCCUGGAGGCCACCUUGCGCGACAUCGAGAUGUGCUACAACACGGAGGUGGAGAAGUACAACGUGGUCAUCCUGAGGCUGCAGGAGGAGCUCACUCACAUCCGCAGCGACAUCCAGCACAACACCACGGAGUACGAGCGCCUGCUCAACAUCAAGGGGAAGCUGGAGGCGGAGAUCUGCGAGUACAGGAGGCUGCUGGACGGCGAGGCCAGCUUUACUCUGGAGGAGGCCGUUAAAUCAAAGUUGGUCCAAACCAAAGUGGUGACGGUGACUCAGACCCUGGUGGAUGGCAAGGUGGUGUCUGAGAGCAAGGACGUCCAAUCCAGUUCAGCGGUUGCUGCUUAUUAGAAGCUGCUUGGUGGGGGGGGCAAAACGAAAUAAAAAUUAACAUUAA